GCUACUUGAUAGGAGCAGUUUUGGGCGGUUUGCUUAUGCGAAUGGGCGCACUGUUCUCUGAUUGGUUUGAAGUCGACUUAACUUCUAUAAGCCCCACCCCCUGUUUUUAUAUAUAAUUGCAGUAGAAUGUGAAGCUUACACUAAACACUCAAGACAUUCACAGGGUUCACUAGGUGAAAUGGUUGUUCUGGUCAAACCAAGUCCUCAGUUGGGCAGCAAAGCAAUGGAUGGAAAUCAGCACAAAGUUGAGGCCAAUGUUCUGCUGCUUGGAGCAGAAAAUGUUGGGAAGUCAGGUGAGCACAAAACUGAACUUGACUUUGAAUGCAGAGAAUUCUGUCAUGUUUAUAUGGUCUAUUUGUUAAGCUUGCAAAUAAUAAUAUAUUAUAUUUAUUUGUUUGCAGCCCUCACUGUGCGAUUUCUCACCAGAAGGUUCAUCGGAGAAUAUGGGGAUAUCGAAUCAAUAUACAGUCAUAUCGACAAAACAGAUGGGCGAGAGAUAGCCUUAAACAUUUGGGACUCACUGUAUCCACAGAGCUGCGAAACAACUGAAUCCAUCAGUGACAAGCAGCUGCAGUGGGCAGACGGUGUGAUCCUGGUCUACAGCAUCUGUGAUCGCUCCAGCUUUGAGGUGGUCCGGCAACAGGUGCAGCUCAUCCGGCAGACUAGGAAGCUGCCUGCAUCUGCCCCGAUCAUCAUCGUGGGGAACAAGCAAGACCUGCUGCAUCAGAGAGCCGUGUCGAGCGAGGAGGGCAGACUGUUCGCCCUCUCGGCAGACUGCGGCUUCUUCGAGAUCUCAGCGGCUGAAACCUACCACGGUGUGCUGCUGGUUUUUCACGAAAUCCUGGACCUCAUCAAGGAGUCCAGAGCACUUAAAAAGGGGAUGGUCGGAAUCAUGGGUAUAGUCAGAAGUGUGUCCGCAGUGUUUGGAAAGAAACGCGAGUGAAGAACUGUCGAAGAUGAUGAGCAAGAUGAAGAUAUGGGGCCCCUGGCAGCCUAGCAUCUAAAUAGCUGAGGAGAGGACCCCGGCCGAUGGGUUUUUGGGGCCGAAGGGAGUCACUUUCACCUUAUUAACCUUCAUGGAUGGUGGAAGGAAAAAGAGUAAAAAGAGAGCAUGUUAGAAGUUCAGAGCCCAGCUUUAUGGUGAAGAAAAGUAGAUGAAGUUUGUUACAGCAAGGUGAUAAAAGAUAUGCUGAAGAUAAGUGAUCCUGGGCUUUGAUGCAAGUUGGUCACUGGGUAUGUGUAUCAAAAUGAACCAAGAGACAGUCCGGAUCUGUUGUAGUCCUUGCCAUUUGUCACAGAAUGAUUCUUCAGCUCUGAACAGAUGAUUUAGACAAAUUCAAGUGAGCUUCUGCUUUGGAUUACAGAUGCCUGAAAUGUAGAGAUGGACUGAAUUGUUCCAUUAUGAGUCUCCACUGACAUUUAGAUCUGAAUUAUUAAAUGUGGGAAUUGGGAGGAGACUAUGUGUAGUAA